ACCCCGGAGCCGCAGGAGAUCAGAGCUGUGCUCCAGCACAACAGACUGGGACGCCAUCAUGAGUGCCAAAGUGAACAUGGAGGCUUCAUCCAAAGAACCGGACUGCACCCCUAUGGAACCGUUGUCUUCGUCUCCCACCGAGACCAUCCUCAUCUGUGGGAGUGAUGGCGUGGCCAAGAAGACUCGGCCUCAGCCCCACACUACCACGGCUCUCCUGCUGCCAGCUACUGGCCAUCAGAAAGUGGAGGUGACUCCAGCUGUUGCAGUGGGAAACCCAGGUAAAGGCAGCAGGGCCAAUGAGAUGACCACACCUGCUCUGACAGCACAGGUGGGCGGAGCUUGUAGCAUUGUCCAUGUCCUAGAGUUGAAGGAGGGGAUGGCUAUUCUGCCCAGUAGCAACCUGAAGUUCUGUGUGAGUGACUUAGGAACUCUGAGCACACUGAUCACCCCGAGCACCGCCAGCAGCACCACUGAACCUGCAGCAGGGACUUCUGGGAGAUCCACUGAUGCAGAAAGUGCUCCAGACAAGCCAGGCCUCUCUGUGUCAGAUGUGUUGGCUCCUGCCAGCUCUGGGAGAGGUGCAGCUGUGGAGCCGGAGCGGUUGGUGCCGGUCAAACCUGAAGUCCAGGUUGAACCAGGACAACAGAACCAUGAUCCCAGAGCUCAAAGGAGCUACACAGAAGAGCUCCGGAGAGACCCCAUCACUGACAAGAGGAGUGUCGGCAUAGAAAAAGUGCCAGCAGGUGGGAGAGUCUCCUCCCUCAACCCCGAUCACCUGAAACCCAUGAGGAAGAGGAAAAGGAAGGAGUAUCUGAGUCCAUCUGAGGAAGAUUCUGACAUCGAGGGCACGGAUGAGAAAAUGGAUGAUUCUAAAGCAGAAGGCCGACACAUCAGAGGAGGUGGAGACAGUAAGACAGAGCAGUGGACGUGGACUCAGUAUCUGGAGGAAGCCAAAGCUGUUGCUGCUCCUAACAAGCUUUUCCAAGAGUCCCAGAGAGUGCCGACAGUAAAGAACGGCUUCAAACAGGGGAUGAAGCUGGAAGGCAUCGACCCGCAGCAUCCGUCCAUGUACUUUGUCCUUACUGUGGCUGAGGUCUGUGGUUACCGGCUGCGGCUCCAUUUUGAUGGCUACUCUGACUGUCAUGACUUCUGGGUGAAUGCCAACUCCCCUGACAUCCACCCUGCAGGCUGGUGUGAGAGCACAGGGCACAAACUGCACACCCCCAAAGGCUGUAAAGAGGAGGAGUUUACUUGGACUAACUAUCUGAGGAUGACUAAAGCACAAGUGGCUCCCAAAGACCUUUUUGCCAGUCCUGGAAGGAUCGAUGUGAAGUGUGGUUUCGAGAUAGGAAUGAAGCUGGAGGCUGUGGAUCGUAUGAACCCCUCCCUGAUCUGUGUAGCAACCAUCACCGAUGUGGUGGACAGCCGCUUCCUGGUUCAUUUUGACAACUGGGAUGACACGUAUGACUACUGGUGUGAUGCCAGCAGUCCGUACAUUCAUCCUAUUGGUUGGUGCCAGGAGAGGAACCUCCCUCUAACACCACCCCAAGAUUAUCCAGACCAGGGCCGGUUCUCCUGGUCUCGAUACUUGGAGGAGACGGGUUCCAAAGCAGUGGCCGCUGAUGCCUUUAAAGUGCGGUCACCUCACAGCUUCCAGCCUCAGAUGAAACUGGAGGCUGUGGACAAGAGAAGUCCUGGUCUGAUCAGAGUGGCUACAGUGGAGGAGGUGGAUACACAUCGCAUUAAGAUCCAUUAUGAUGGCUGGAGUCAUGUCUAUGAUGAGUGGGUGGACUCCGAUCACCCAGACAUCCAUCCAGCAGGCUGGUGUGAGGCGACUGGUCACCCGUUGAAAAUUCCUCCACGGGACACCAAAACGCAGCAACCACAUGGUGUGAGGGAAGCUCCUGCUACAGGCCAGUCCACCUACACCUCCUCUGUUCCCUGUAAACCCAUCAGUCAACCCAGAACCAACAAGUACAGCUUCCACAACAGGAAGUGUCCAACUCCUGGUUGUGAUGGCUCAGGCCAUGUCACGGGCCGUUUCACUGCCCAUCACUGCAUAUCCGGGUGCCCAUUGGCUGAGCGUAACCAGGGUAGGCUGAAGGCUGACCUAUCAGACUCAGAGUGCAAGAGAAACCUCUUCUUUGGCCAGAGAACUAAGAAGACUCAUUACCGUGGCAGGAUUGGUCGUCCUCCCAAAUACAGAAAGAACCAACAGAGGGACUACCAGAACAUGUCCUCACAGGGUGUGUAUCCGUCACUGUUCAUGUCUGCUUUGAGCAACCAGUCAGACCGCACUCUGUCUUUGUGCUGGGAGCAGCACUGCAAGCUGCUGCCUGGCGUUCAGGGCAUUCACGCCAGCCAGGUGGCUGCAUGGAGUGUCGAGGAGGUUUUCAGGUUUGUCCAGAAUUUAAUUGGCUGUGAAGAACAGGCUCGUCUCUUCAAAGAAGAGAUGAUUGACGGGGAGGCUUUCCUGCUGCUGACUCAGACCGACAUUGUGAAGAUCAUGAGCAUCAAGCUAGGCCCCGCCCUCAAGAUCUCCAACGCCAUCCUCAUGUUCAAGAGCACAGACGAGGGACUCAAGUGAUUCCCGCCCUCACUCAGUGGCCGCGUUGGGCCGCCAAUCAUCAUGUGCCAAAUUCAUUCUAUUGCAGGGAAAAAGACCCUGACCCCUUUUUCAUGUGUUUGGUGUCCUGUACCCAUCAGAGAGAGGGAGGGGGGAGGGGGGAAGGUGAGGUCCAGUCAGGGUUAAGUGAGAAAUAGAGCUGAGAUUGGGAAGAAUCAGGUGAAUUUAGAUAAUAUAAACACUUUUGGAGAGUAAUUGAAUUUUGCUAUAAAAUCUGUGGAGGGUGGACAUGAGGAUGUAGCAGAUGUAGGAAAACAGAAACUUUUCAGAGUUUGGUGGUUUUCAAAACUGAUGCGUUUGGUUCAGUUUCAGGGUUCAACCUUAUCACCAAACCACCCAAACAUCACUUGGCUACAGUAUGGCUGCGUAUGCUUCACUAAAUCCUAAAGUAAAUUUCAACCCACAUACUUUCUGCUGAAUUUGAAUUAUAAACCAGUUGAAAACAGCUGGAAUUAGAAACUAGAAUGACCACCUUCAGUUUUAUGCCUCCAGUCGAGUUGGAGUUUUACAUCCAUGUCUGUCCGCAAUUAACUUUUUUACUGUCUGAACAUAAAAUGUUAUAAUUUUAUAAAUAACAUAUCCUGUUAGGCUUUCGCGAGAAAUAUUAUCACUGUGUGAAUUAUUAAGCCAAAAAAAAAAAAGUUUUUUUUUGAGGCCUGUUGAGCCUUUAAACACUGACCACCAAAUUCUAAUCAGCUCAUCCUUGAACUGCCAGAUUUAAAGAUGCUCAAAUGAUAUCACAGACUUGAUUGGGACGGACCGGUAUACAAACUCUGGGACACAUGGAUGAACAGAGAACUGCAGACAUAAUCCUUCAAUCCACAGCUGUCAGCGGUGUGAAGGAAUAAAAAAGUUAAUAUCAUGAAACAGAUGUUUGUUUAACAGACGUGCUGCCCCCCCUUCAGACUGACAUCAGCUCCUGCCUACAGCCAUGUAGCUGAUAUUCUGAAACUAGCACUGGUACUUUAAUGUCCUAACUGAGAAUAGUUCCUAUUGAAGUGUGAUCUAAAAGGUCAGUUGAAACCUCUAAAGAGGUCAGCUUAUUUUAAAAAGAAGUCUAUAUGUAGCCAGAUGUGGUGAGAACCCUGCUUGGAUUUUGACUAAACCCAUCAGUUUGUAACGUCUGAUGAGGAAAGGAAAAGGAAUAUGUGUCAAAGUUGGAACUCCAACAAUGAAGGAAAACAUCCUGAAUAGGCGAGUGGACAUGAAGGAAGCGACAAAAGUUGGAUAAAAGACAAGAAAAGGUUGCACAAAGGGGAAUGUUGGCAACAACAAAAAAAAUUAAGUAAAAGGAUUUCGAUGCAGCAAGUGCGGCUGGUCUGUGAGGCUCUUACAGGCUUCACGUUCUGUGCAAUAAAGCUGAUACAGAAGUACUGUAUUCAGCAACAGUUAUUACAGUUCCUUAAAUAUUAGACAAAUUGUUGCACUGUAAUGUAAAAAAAAAAAAUCAAAUGAGCUGCUUUGUUCAGACUGUUCAGAUUUGUGAUAGAUGAGCAGCUUCACAGAGGGAGCCUUUGCUCAUUUCACUGAUAUUCCUAAGUAUUAGUUAUUUAUGUUCACUGCCUCAAAAUUCUCAGCGCUGCACCAAUAAUGUGAACACUCAAGCGAAGGAUGAGAUGUGACUUUUAAAAUGCUAACACUCUGCACUUGAAUCACAGGCAGAGAAAAGAAACAACAGUGUUUGAAUUUUUAUCUCUAUAUGCAAAAUGUCUGAAAUUAUUUUUUAGCUGUUAUAAAUAGAUGAAAUGGACUCUUUGCAUUGGAAUUUUAGCACAACUGUGAAAUUCAAAUGGAUUUUACACACGGAUAUUCCCACACUCGGUCACUAGAGAGUGCAAAAAUCCAUCUUUUGCACUAUAAACAUGCAUUUGGUAUCCAGCCAAUGGAGCUCUCUGCAGUUUACGUGUGAAGGAAGCUCCAUUCAGACUGUGUUCUCGGAAAUGUUUACAUUUGAUGUCAGGGUUCGUUUAAAACACUGUAUAUGGAGCUGAUAUUGUGAGAUGAAAGCUGAAUGUUUUAAGGGCUUUUGGAAUCUUAAAUAUUACUUCUUUGUGUGUCUCUCUGGUGGGAUUUAUGUGCGUGUGUGUGUACGUGUGAGUGUGUGUGUGCAUGUGCGCGUGUGUGUCAAGAUAAUCUUGGGUCACAAAUGUCAUUUAAACCAUUAUGAAUUAAUAAA